AUGUCACACAAGCCUGCAUCAGCCCUGAAGACCAUUCCACUCGUCUGGCCCUUUGCUGUUUGGGGACUAGACAUGGUUGGUCCACUGAGAACAGGCAGAAGUGGUUUCACUCAUGUGCUUGUGGCAGUCGACAAGUUUACCAAAUGGAUUGAAGCUAAGCCUAUCAAGAAUCUUGAUGCUUGCACUGCUAUCAGUUUCGUCAGAGGGCUAACAUUCAGAUAUGGAGUCCCGCAUAGCAUCAUCACUGACAAUGGGUCAAACUUCGAUUCGGACAAGUUCAGAGCUUUUUGCGCCUCUCAAGGCACUCGAGUCGACUACGCAUCGGUCGCCCAUCCCCAGUCGAACGGACAAGCUGAAAGAGCAAAUGGUCUGAUUCUCAAAGGACUAAAGCCUCGACUGAUGCGUGAUCUCAAGCACGCGGCAGGUGCUUGGGUCGACGAGCUUCCGUCUGUUCUGUGGGGAUUGAGGACCACCCCUAACCGGUCGACUGGAAGAACUCCAUUCUUUCUGGUUUAUGGAGCCGAAGCGGUUCUGCCAAGUGAUCUUCUUCACAACGCGCCCCGAGUCGAGCUUUACACCGAAGAUGAAGCAGAACAGGCCCGGCAAGACGCAGUCGACCUCCUAGAAGAAGAGAGGGAGAUGGCCAUGAUCAGAUCGACCAUUUAUCAGCAAGACUUGCGUCGAUUCCACGCCCGGAAUGUAAAGAGUCGAGCCUACCAAGAAGGAGAUUUGGUCCUCCGAGUGGAUCAACAGAAACCACACAAGCUUAUCCGCCGCCCCGGACAUGUCCGUUCCGGCCGGACAUUUCGCCGCCGCCUUCCUCGUCCAAUAAGGGCACGCCACGCGUCCCGGGCCAGUCCCCACUUCACCGCGCCACCGCCCGGCCCGCUCGGCCCGCGGGAGGCCCCCGCGGCCAGCUUCCUCGCGCCGCCUCACGCCCGCGAGCCCGCCGCCGUCCUCCUCGUGUCCGGCCGCCCGAGGCACCCGGCGCUGCCGCCCACCAUCGAUGCCGGCCGGCCGCAAGCUCGCCGGACCGGCCCCGCCGCCUCCCGACCGGCGCCGCGCCGCCCAGACCUCCACCAGCGACCUCUCCUCCGGCCCCGUGCCUCCUCCUCCGACCGGCUCCUCCUCGUGGCAAGUUCCCCGGCGACCUCGAGCUCCAAGUCCGGGCGACUAUCCUCGUUUUCUGCGCAUGAACAGUAA